AAUAACAGCAUAGCCCCAGCUCCCAGUUCGAUCAGCAUUAUCAUUGGAGAGGUGAUCUGUGAGACCACAGAUCGAACUGGUUGGAUACUCUAAUAGUAAGCGAAGGUGACACGAAUCUCUCCUAACAGAGGGCGCAUCGGUCUUUCUAGUCGGAACUUUGCGCCAGGACAGUAGCACAAUAUUACUGGGAUAAGCUUAAGUUGAAGAGCAAGUUCUAUUCUUAUUAACGGUUGCCGAGGGCCAACCCUACGUGGACAUGUGGAAAGUGUGGACUCUGUGUGUUGUGCUUGUGUUCGGGGUUGUGGGCACACGGGCUGGGAAAGAAACAAACGAUGAACCUGACAAGCACGAAGAUUCGAAGAACUAUACAGAAGGCAGCAGUGUAACCUCCAGUCCUUCCCAAGUCCAUAACCCUCAGGAGGAUCCUGUUGCCUUUAUGGACUCUGUGCUAGGAUACCGGUUACCCUUGAGCACGAAUGAUAAUGAACUAAAGAAACGUGCCAGGCACUUUGGGUUCGUGGGGAGUAGAGGUCGACGAGGAAAGACGUCAGUAAAUUCCUUGUCCGAGGAACUAUUCCCAGUACGACAACCGAUGAGCAACAGCGCUCGUCUCCGGAUGCUCCUUGAGAACCGAGACGAAGGGUUGUUUGCCAAGGAGAAACGAAAGCCUCACUUUGGCUUCCAUGGAUCCCGAGGUUAAGGGGCAGACCACGAAUGGUUGGAACCUACUGGAAUGGGUUUGAAGGAAACAACCUUGAAGUCAUUAUGUUAUUGUAAGGUACUCUAUGCACCCACGUAUCUGCUUGAGAACACUGCAUCUUUAUACGACAGCCAUGUCUCCACACUGCGACGACGCGGCGACACGGCACACCAUUGUUGUAGACACGACACCGUUAACGGUUACAAGUAGAAGAAGUCUGUUCUCACGCCAUUCGUCGUUGCUACAUGAACGUAGUUGUUUAUUGUUAGCCUUUGGGUAUCUAUGGACUUUGGCUUCCUGAAUAAAGUAUUUCUUGAUAAAAUAUGUUACAGGUAUAGAAAAGUUAUAUUGACAUUCCUCUCAUCAAGAAUUCAAUCAAGGGUUGGUAUUCGAAUAUGUGAAAGGAAGCUGUAACUAGGUGGAUCAAUGCAUGCCAUGAUAAACAAAGGAUGAACAAUAUGUACUUUAUAGAAUAAGUGAGGGGUCACUGGCAUAAACAUGAAGUACUGAGAUACAUUACGUUUCUGUGUUGAGGUAGGUUUUUCUCAUAUACAAACCACGAAUAUAACAAUACAUGUUUUAUUAACGAUUUCACCUGCGUUUAUGACCGUUGAUGAUGUCAUUCCUAACAGGUAUCAUCACUGUUGGAAAAUCGUUCAACAUUCUUUCGUUAUUAUCAGAAUAGUUCAAUGGACUCUGCCGUCAGCCGAGAUUUCUUGUAAUUAUGGAAAAGGUGGAUUUGCUUUCAGAUACAACUGGUCCUCUUCUCCCUAUUAUCAUAAUUUCGAAUCUCAAGCAAGAAGCCUUCGUUGGCCUUCCCUAACUAUACUAUUUUCAGCACAGAGACGUAAUUUGGACUGCGCUGUACUUUCAAGUACUUCAAGUGAAGUAUAUUUAAGAGAUGUUACGAAGUUGUUACAGUUGAUUAAAGUAAAUGGUAUGUUCUUAACAAAGGCUUCUGUCCUUCAGUUUCAUCCAAAGUUCAGAGUUUUAAACGUGUUGCCUCCUUUUGUAUGCUACUAUUCGCAACCAGUACGGCUUUUGUGAAGAUUUGCAUCAUUAGUAGCAAGGAUUUGCACAUUGCCAUGAUGUAUUAGAAGCAUUUUAAAUUAUUCUAAAUAUCAUGCACAGCUACUCAUUCUUUAAUAGAUUAUUUGAUGGUAUUUAACCAAUUCAUUAAUGCACCUUCCGGCUUUAGAACAUUACGCCUGUUUAUUUCAGAAAAAAUAUAUCUUGAUACACCUGGAUUGAUUUUAAAUUCAAGUACUCCUCAUAGUGUCGGUAUUUCCUACGGAUGAAACAUGGAAGUCUUUGAGGCAUAAUUAGAAUAUGUUCCGGUCUGGUUCUAAGACUCAAAGUUGUCCGACAAUGAUUUGAAUUCACAGAAUAAAGCAUGGCUUGAUGAA